GGCGGUGGCGGAGCGGCGGAACGAGGCGGCGGCGGCGCGGCCGGGCCGGGCCUGGGGCACCCCGGCACAGAUGGACGGGUCGUCCCCGCCGUUCCUGCUGGCCAAGCUGACCCCGCUGCACUCGGAGCAGCUGCUGCAGGGCCUGAACCUGCUGCGGCAGCACCAGGAGCUCUGUGACGUGGUGCUGCGCGCCGGCGAGGCCAAGAUCCACGCGCACAAGGCCGUGCUGGCCAGCAUCAGCCCCUACUUCAAGGCCAUGUUCACCGGGAACCUGUCGGAGAAGGAGAACGCCGAGGUGGAGUUCCAGUGCGUGGACGAGGCGGCGCUGCAGGCCAUCGUGGAGUACGCCUACACCGGCACCGUCUUCAUCUCGCAGGACACCGUGGAGUCGCUGCUGCCCGCCGCCAACCUGCUGCAGGUGAAGCUGGUGGUCAAGGAGUGCUGCGCCUUCCUGGAGAGCCAGCUGGACCCCGGCAACUGCAUCGGCAUCUCGCGCUUCGCCGAGACCUACGGCUGCCGCGAGCUGUACCUGGCCGCCAGCAAGUUCAUCUGCCAGAACUUCGAGGACGUGUGCCAGACCGAGGAGUUCCUGGAGCUGACGCACUCGGAGCUGGACGAGAUCGUGUCCAACGACUGCCUGAACGUGCUGACGGAGGAGACGGUGUUCUACGCCCUGGAGGCCUGGAUCAAGUACGACGUGCAGGAGCGCCAGAAGUACCUGGCGCAGCUGCUGCACUGCGUGCGCCUGCCCCUGCUCAGCGUCAAGUUCCUCACGCGCCUCUACGAGGCCAACCACCUGAUCCGGGACGACCACACCUGCAAGCACCUGCUCAACGAGGCCCUCAAGUACCACUUCAUGCCCGAGCACAGACUGUCCCACCAGACCAUGCUGCUGACGCGGCCCCGCUGCGCGCCCAAGGUGCUCUGUGCCGUGGGGGGCAAGGCCGGCCUCUUCGCCUGCCUGGAGAGCAUGGAGAUGUAUUUCCCCCAGAACGACUCGUGGAUCGGGCUGGCCCCCCUGAGCAUCCCGCGCUACGAGUUCGGGGUGUGCGUGCUGGAGCAGAAGAUGUACGUGGUGGGGGGCAUCGCCACCCACGUGUGCCAGGGCAUCAGCUACAGGAAGCACGAGAGCUCCGUGGAGUGCUGGGACCCCGACACCAACACGUGGAGCUCCCUGGAGAGGAUGUUCGAGAGCCGCAGCACGCUGGGCGUGGCCGUGCUGGCCGGCGAGCUCUACGCCCUGGGCGGCUACGACGGCCAGUCCUACCUCAGGAGCGUGGAGAAGUACGUGCCCAAGGGCAAGGAGUGGCAGCUGGUGGCACCCAUGAGCAGGACGCGGAGCUGCUUCGCUGCCGCCGUGCUGGACGGCAUGAUCUACGCCAUCGGGGGCUACGGGCCUGCCCACAUGAACAGCAUGGAACGCUACGAUCCGAGCAAGAACUCCUGGGAGACCGUGGCCUCCAUGGCUGACAAACGGAUAAACUUUGGGGUGGGGGUCAUGCUGGGCUUCAUCUUCGUGGUGGGGGGACACAAUGGGGUGUCCCACCUGUCCAGCAUCGAGAGGUACGACCCCCACCAGAACCAGUGGACGGUGUGCCGGCCCAUGAAGGAGCCCAGGACAGGCGUGGGCGCAGCAGUGAUCGAUAACCACCUGUACGUGGUGGGGGGACACUCGGGCUCCUCCUACCUGAACACGGUGCAGAGGUACGAGCCCAUCUCGGACUCGUGGCUGGACUCGGCGGGGAUGAUGUACUGCCGCUGCAACUUCGGCCUCACGGCGCUCUGAGGCUGUGCCCUCGCACGGGGCGGCCGGAGCCGAGCCCGGGGCCGCCAGGGAGCCGCUCCCGGGCCCGGGCACCCUCCGGU